AUGGAGAGUUCAUUGGUGCGUCUAUGCUUAGAGGCAGCUUGCAAGAGCGGAGACGCCGUGGAACGAUGGCGUCUUCAGCGGCGGAGCCUUGAACGGCUGCCUCCUCACCUUGCCGAUGCUCUCCUCUGUCACCUCCUUCGCCGGCGACUGCUUUUCCCUUCGUUACUCGAAGUAUUCAAACAUUCUGUAGAGAAAAUAGAUCUCCGAGGCGAAAGCUCCAUUAACGCAGAAUGGAUGGCUUAUAUUGGAGGCUUUGUUAAUUUAUAUUCGCUGAAUCUUUCAGAUUGCCUGAGAAUCAACAAUUCUACUCUCUGGCCUAUCACAGGAUUAACAAGUUUGACGGAGUUGAAUCUUUCAAGAUGUUCAAAGGUUACGGAUGCGGGUGUAAAGCACCUCCAGUCUGUUGCAAAUCUGGAAAAGUUGUGGAUUUCACAGACAGGAGUUACAGAAGCUGGAAUUUCUCUUCUUGCUUCACUUAAAAACUUGUCUCUUCUAGAUUUGGGUGGCUUACCUGUAACUGACCACAACUUGAGUUCUCUCCAGGCACUGGCAAAGCUAGAGUACCUCGAUAUCUGGGGGAGCAACGUAACCAACCAAGGAGCUGUUGGUAUUCUUAAAUUUUUAAACUUGAGCUUCCUCAAUCUCUCAUGGACCAGCGUCACACAUGCUCCAAACAUACCGUGUCUUGAAUGCUUACACAUGAGCAAGUGCGCUGUUCUCUCCAUAUCAAAAACUCACAGCUCCGCAUCAGCUUCCUUGAAAAAACUCGUUUUAUCCGGAGCUACUUUUAGUGCUGAAACCGAGGCCUUUUCCUUCACCAACAAUAGCUGUAUAACCUACUUAGACAUUUCCAAGACUUCCCUCCAAAACUUCGCCUUCUUAGAAACUAUGACGAAGCUGGAACAUCUUGAUCUUAGCUCUACAGCUUUCGGAGAUGAUUCUGUUGAGUUUAUAGCAUGUGUUGGUUAUACUCUGAGGAAUCUCAAUCUCUCGGAUACAAAAAUCAGUUCCACUGGGGUCGAGAUUCUUUCUGGACAUUUACCGCAGCUUGAGACAUUAUCUCUGUCCCAGACAUUUGUCGACGAUCUCUCCAUCUUAUAUAUCAGCACCAUGAUGCCUUGCGUGAAGUCCCUUGACUUGAGCAUGACCAGCAUCCGAGGAUUCAUCCAGGAACAAUCUCCACAGGAAGAGGAAGCAAAGCCGUCACUAGCAGCCUUACAAUCUCUAGCCUCCCUUAAAACACUGAGUCUAGAACAUCCGUACCUAAGCGACAUUGCUCUCUGCCCUCUAAGUAGCCUAUCUGGAUUAACACACUUGUCUCUUAAAAGCACGUCUCUCACAGAUGCCACUCUCCACCAUCUUGCCUCUCUGCCAAACCUAGUCAGCCUCGGCGUCCGAGAUGCAGUUUUGACCAACCAUGGUCUCGAGAAGUUUAGACCGCAGUUAAGCUUGAGAACACUCGAUCUCAAAGGCUGUUGGCUUCUAACCAAAGACGCUAUCGCUGGUCUCUGCAAAAGGCAUCCUGAUAUAAAAGUGAGGCAUGAGUUUGCGCAGGAAUCUUCUUCUCCCGACCAAAAUCAACCUCUUCCUCGGUCAUCUCCUCUGAAGAGUUCCGCAAAGAUAUCGAAGAGGAAGAACAACCGGAUGCCGGGGACUUCUGCUGUUGUUCCCAGGAGUUUCCUAGAUCAGAGGGUGAAGUAUAACAGGGAAGAGUUGGUUGCUCUACAAAAUUCGCCUUUAUCGCGAGUGCUUCCACGGGAAGGAGAACUUAUCAGUGUACCGGAGAUUGUAUCUGAUUUCGUGAUGCACACGGUAAUUCAAUGA